AUGGUCUGUGCUGACGCGGACGCGGAAGUCACCAACGACACUCAGAUUACCCGCCUUCGGGGCUGUCACAAGGAGGGCGUGCUGGUCCUCGUAAGAUUUGUUCCUCGCCUCGUCAGGGCUGGCCAUCGCGUGAGCGUAGACACUGACGAUGGCGGCGAGUUUGCCUGCAUGGAGAGGCAGACGGAGGCUCAUCAGACGAUCGUUGAUGCCCUGCGGCAGACCGAGCAGUCGUCCCACGAUGUCGUUCCGGACGGCAAAGGCAACGCCUGCGUCCCGUCGCCCUGUCCCUGGGACGACCGCCCCAGAAGAAGGUGUAACCGGCACCCACCUUCUCCAGUUGGCCUUGUUCAGAGAACCGGGUCCCACGGAGUGCAGUGAUGUCCACCUUGUAGGGCGCCAGUUCCCGAGCCCCUAGCGCUGUCCUCCGUUUGUUUUGGACACCCCUUCUAUUCCCGUUCCCUUCGCGGCCCUAAAUAGGGCGGCUUAGCCAUCCCAGACGGCUGCCAGACUCCACUAUGGGUCACGAAUUUGUUUAAUGGUAGAACGAUCCGAGUCAGCCUGGGUCGCCUACGUGAUCGCUGUCACUCUCGCCGUCGGAAUUUUGAGUGUUGUGGAGGGGGCUGAUGGAAGAGCAGAGAGACGAAAAGCAGAGUUUCCCGUCCCUCUGGCGGCUGACAUAUACAUGGUGAGUAGGCAAAUUCAAUAGAGGGGUGAUAAGCCUACAACAGGGACAAACGCAAGCAAACGGACAAGGACAAACGAGCAAGAACAAGCAGAAAGCAAAGACAACAAAGCCACGUUUGGCUUACCUGGGGGGUUACCUACCUUGUGGCCUAUUUCAGGGUUGCAGAUGAAGCUUCAUCUUGGAGGUGGCGAUGCAGUGAUCCGUGAAACUUUCGACCGUGGGGUAGAAGAGUAGAGGGGGUGAGAGGCAGAGGAGACGGGCAGAGAAUAGGUGCGAAAGAGAAGUAAGGGACCGGUCUUCCGGCUAACUGGUCAGUAGCUUUCUGAGCGCUUGUGGCCUCCUGCGGGGUUGCAGACGGGGGCACAUCUCGGAGAAGCCGUGGCGGUGGUCCGUCCGGCCAGCGAUGAUGGGAGCCGAGCCGAGUUACCGUAUGUAGAGAUGCACACACGGUUACGCUCACCUUAUUUAGCUCGCCGGUCGUGGCGGUUGCCGGGAUGCGGUCGCUAGGCGGAGCCUGGCAUCUAGGAACAACGGCUAAGAAUUUGGUGUUAGUUGAUAGGCGGUAGACUUAUUCUGCACCUGCAAGCAAGUGGACGACCUAUUACCACCGUCACGUGGAUCCACAACUGGACACCACUACGCUCCCUACCUGGCCCUUAUAUAGUACACGAAAAGGAUGUGUUUGUCUCAGGUCUCAAAUGCGGCAGAGUGCCAUCGAAGUCAUACGUGAAGGAGUACGAAGGACAUGACUCCCACUUACUUGUGAGGUGCCUAUUCCGCGCCUGUGAGAUAAUAUAACGUACGGAUUUUUGGGAGAUAUGUGGCGGCAAGGUUGGGCCUAGGGUGUUUUAUCGCAUACUGGCAUGGAGGAGCAUGUGGACAAAUCAGCCCAUGCGUUGUCUGAAUGUGCGUCGGCCGUGCGAGCAGUUGAGGCGAUGGCGACGGGUCUGUGUUUUUAUGUUCCUGGCAAUGGUUUGUUGACUAGGCCGAUGCAUGAUGUGCAUUUGCAGUGGCUUUCUGGUCAGAAUCGGCUUGGAGGUUCAGAUACCUGAUCAGAAGGUACGGUCGCAAUGGGGACUUUAAGGAUGAACCUGGGACCCACAAUAAACACACACACCCAUGUACAAGAUCCCCUUGUCUGGUUUAGCCCUCCUGUCGAGGUGGUUACUGCGGUAGGGUCACUAGGCAGAGCCAAAGCGUCCGUCAUCGUUUAUGACAGCAGACGAUGUGUUGACUCGGCAACACUGGAAGUAUUCUACGAAAACGGCUUGAAUGCGGUGGGUGAUGAACACAUUUCUCUAGAAAUAUUGUGAAAAAAACAGGUUGAAUGCGAGGAGCGAUCGACGCAUCGCGCACUCUGUCAGAAUAUUUAUGUCCGUCUAAAAGCCAUGGAAUAGCAUAUAUUUCAGUGCCAGGUGACACGUCGUCUUUCGAUUUUCAGAAAGCAGAUUUGUUAGGUGAGUCGUGCAGACAACGUACAGGUACUGUUUGAGUUUCUUUUUUAACGACCAUUUAUGGAGCGUUAUACGGUUUUUCCAUGCACUUCGAAUCGCCUUGGUUUAACCCAAGUGGUUUUUUAGAAACCAUUGAUGUCAGUUACAGUCAGAGUUUUUGGGAUACAAGUGUCCACAAAACCAUAAAAGGGGCACAACUUUGUGGGCUUUUGGGUAAACUCAGUAUCUGUUAAUCUGCUUCCACUGCAUAGACUUAUUUUACAAUUGUAGGAUUAACGUGAUCCAGAAGGAUGAGAGCGAUAGCGAGGACUCUGAGGCUAGCUCGAAGGCUGAAGAAAUUGACCUCCCUGAGCCCGAGACCGGACCCCCAUUACUGACGCCAAUUGCAGAAGACCAGGAUCCCAGCGGAAUACCUCCAUGGUCUGCCAAACUGACCUCCUCUCGUCUUCCGCAAUUUGCCAUGGCUGUGCUCUCCUCCAACCUCUGGCCAGGCGCUUAUGCUAUUGGAUUUGAACAGUGAGUAUUUGUCGAAUUCUUCUUUCAUUUUGGACUUGGUUUAUAGGCUAUAAGAGGCUCGCUUGACGCCAUCCUGCACAAACUGCUGGGGAUGCAUCAGUUGCUCAGAUCCGAUCUACCCAAUAACUUCUUGUCAUUGACUGGGCACUGUAAGACGAGGCAUUGCGCGCGGCUGCCCCAGCAGAUAAGAUUUACGUCCUCACUGUCAAGAAAAUCGAUGUAAGGGAGCAAAAACGACUAUUAUAUGACGUGCAGCACGACAAGGAAGCCGAUUGCUAUUGCUUAAAAUAAUCGGCUUCCAAGGCAAGCUCUCUCAACACUUUGGUCAAAAGGUGACAACAGACUAAUUGUCACCUACUCUGGUUGUCAGACGUGCGGUGGUGGGGUUUUGGUCAAGAUUUUCUGCAAAGAGUUUAGGGUUGAUGUUUUACUGACUGGGAGGUCCAGUUACCCAGACACGUCCUUUCUGGUCUGUCCUGUCUCAUAAAUUCAUGUUUCUUAGAGUUGCGAAAAUUCCCAUAGCAGUAAUCAGAAGACGAGGUGGCGAACAUACGUAGCUUUCGAUAAAUUCUCGUCGGGCCAGUACAGUUAUAUGAGAACGGGGUAGAAGAAAAACACGUCAGCGAUAAGAAAAUCGAUAAAAGUUCUACUUAAAACACGGGCGGGGUGUGGGAAUGUGGGGGGUGGGGAGGGUGGGGUGGGUAAUAGCAGUCAUUAUCAGGGGCGGGGUGAGAGCGGAAGGGCGCGAAGUGUAGCAGCGUUAGUCGACCUUCGACCACUGUAGGCGCGGAGCCUGAACUUGGUUCUUCUGCGCGCAUAAGAUUGGCUUUCGUAGCCUAAUGGCGGCUGCUUCCGCUGUCGCUAACAGGCGCUGGCCUAGUAGCUUAGGGUAGUUCGAUGGGACCUUAUAAAUUACACGAAAAGCUUCGUUGGGGUCCACACGAUGUCCGGACUCGACAACAUGCGCGAGAAUGGCGCUGUCUAUUCUCCUAGUUUCACCUUUUGCCAGCCAUGCGGGAAGGUGUUCGCGUAUUCUCUUGGAUAAGCGCCUACUCGUGCGACCAAUAUAACCUGCUCCACAGGAGCAAGUGAAGGAAUAUAUGCACAUUGAUGUGGUCUGCGGUGGCAACUUAUCCUUCCCUUCUCCACGUAAAAUCGGGUUAGUGGAGAACGCUAUUUGAACCCUUGCUGCCGGGAAGGUUCGCGAGACAGCUUGAUCAAGGCGUCUCCUUAGGAGUUCACUCGCGGCGUCCCCUUGGAAAGGGACCUUGAGGAACAAAGUCUUCUUUUCGGCGGUCGGUGUGGCGGGUUUGAUCGGUCGUUCAGCAAUAUUCUUUUCAAUAAACCUUUCAGGAUAUCCGUGUUCGCGAAGGAAGUCCUGGAUUUUUCUGAGCUCUCCUCGAUGCUAUCUGUUGAGCAAAUUUUUCUAGCCCUUUGUGCCAAACAUCGGACUAGAUUUCGUUUUUGUUGGAGGGGUACGAAACUGGCGAAGUUCGUGUAUUGUCCAGACCAGGUUUUCUUCCGAUAGACGCUUCUUCGGACACUCACGUCAUGUUUCUUAGCAGCCCAUUCCAGUCUCUGCAUUAAUUCCGCAAUAUGGGGUACGUCGGCUCUUUGAGAAAAAACAGAAAUAUUCCGUAGAGAUGCCGACAAACAUUCAUUAAAUUCAGUACACAUAUUCCCGCAUAUACAACAUAAGUGAUUUUUCAGUAAAACCGUCUUUCGCCUCAAUUACAGCAUGGAUGCAUCUUUUGACAUGACUAUACACAGCUGUCAGCUGUCAGGUUUACCAUUAUCGUGAAAAUUGAUAAGAAGAAGAAGCGAUCGCUGGAAAAAGGGGUUUAUUCGCCUAGCGUUUCGGAUUCUUGCUUAAACCCAUCAUCAGAGACAGUGGCAGAAAAGGGUGACUUGUGCACGGGAAGUUGCAUUAUUUAUAGGAUGCAGUCGCUAUGCUACCGCAUACCUAUAGCAAUUAACCGUGCUCCCCUUCAUCAAGGAUUGUUACCCGCUGGUGCGCUAAUUGCUUAGUGGCCGAAAUGCAAGUUGUUAAUUGCUGUCAUCUCAUCACCGGUGGUGGAUGCUGGUGUAGGGAUUGCUCGGCCACUGUAUCUGAUGAUGGGUUCAAGUGAGAAUCCGAAGCGUUAGGCGAAUAAACCCCUUGUUCCAACGAUCGCUUCUUCUUCUUCUUCUUCUCCUGAUCAACUAGUUCCUGGAACUCGCAUCUUCGCUUGUAUCGGCAAUCGUGAAAAUUGCUGACCGGGUACUCCUGGGUUUUGCGGGCUGCAUGAGAAGGAUCAAUAUCACGUUACUCCUGACAUUGAGCCGCCAAGCUCGCCUGAUGUAAACCCUUUAGUCACCGUUGAGCGCCGUGUAGGUCGCUUCAGCCAGCAAACUUCCUAAGCUUAAAAUUAUCUGACUGUUUUUCCCUAAAUUAUGCGUUUAUGAAAGAGGCAGUGUUGUAAACAAUAAACCAAAUAAAAGAAAGUACAGAGCUUAACGCGACAGAAAUGGCUUGUUUUGUCUACCGCUUGGCCUAUCUGAAGUGGAGGUUGCGUCAAAAUUCGUAUGUAGCCUUUCUGGUCGUGAUAAUUUAGAACUACCAGUUUGGCCUCUCAUCCAACAACAUAUGUGUAUUGGUUGUGGGCAACCCGCGUCCAGUGGCCCACUUUAUAAUUGGUCGUAGUCGAAUUGUAAGAUUCUACUUUUCUUCACAGAGGCUAGCUAACUUACCUGGCACUUGCAAAAACCAGAAAAACUCCUGCCCUAUCCCUUACGUCGUUCUGAAUUGUCCUCUUCCAUGAUGCUCUAUCACAAAACUGCUUGCUUACACUUCUGUUCCGUUUUUACAGGAGCUUUUUGAAUUUCUACAUUGGCUGGGGACAGAAGUACAUUAUUUCAAACUUCGAGCCCGCACUUCACCCAGACGUGAUGGAGGAGUUUCCCUCUGGACCUGAAACGACGGAAAUGGAGGAUCCUACAGCAGACGAAGAAGAGGCCUGGAAGGCCGCUCAUGCGGAGUUGGGAGGCGGCUCGAAAGAAGACUCCGGUUCAAACAGUGAUGAGGGAAACGAUGAGGGCGACGACUGGGCUGAUGAGGACGCCUAA